CAUGUUCGAUGCGGAAGUCAACUGUCAUAUGACUGCAAAAGAAAGCUAAAAUGUCGCUAAUCCGCGGAUGACAAUUUUCGCUAAAAGAUGGAGGAGAUAAGACUGUCUCCUGACUACAACUGGUUUCGAAGCUCAGUGCCCCUCAAAAGAAUUAUUGUGGACGAUGAUGAUAGCAAAGUUUGGUCACUGUAUGAUGCCGGGCCGAAAAGCAUCAGGUGCCCAAUCAUCUUCCUUCCUCCUGUGAGUGGCACGGCUGAAGUUUUUUUCCAGCAAGUGUUGGCUCUUUCUGGCUGGGGUUAUCGUGUCAUUUCGCUCCAGUACCCAGUCUAUUGGGAUCUUCUGGAAUUUUGCGAUGGAUUUAAGAAACUUCUAGACCACUUGCAACUUGACAAGGUGCACUUAUUUGGUGCUUCCUUGGGAGGAUUUCUGGCUCAAAAAUUUGCAGAGGUCACUCACAAAUCCCCUAGAGUGCAUUCUCUGAUUCUGUGCAAUUCAUUCAGCGAUACAUCUAUUUUUAACCAAACUUGGACCGCUAACAGUUUCUGGCUAAUGCCUGCUUUUAUGCUUAAGAAGAUUGUUCUUGGGAACUUUGCCAAAGGACCUGUUGAUCCCAAAAUGGCAGAUGCCAUUGACUUUAUGGUGGACAGACUGGAGAGCCUGAACCAGAGCGAACUGGCAUCCCGACUCACGCUGAACUGCCAAAACUCCUACAUCGAGCCUCACAAAAUAAAGGAUGUUUCAGUUACCAUUAUGGAUGUAUUUGAUCAGAGUGCUCUGUCGAAUGAGGCUAAGGAGGAAAUGUAUAAACUGUACCCGAAUGCCAGGAGGGCUCACCUCAAAACCGGCGGCAACUUUCCCUACCUUUGUCGAAGUGCCGAAGUUAACCUUUACAUCCAAAUACAUCUGCGACAGUUCCAUGGGACGAGAUACGCCGCCAUCAAUCCUGCUAUGGUUAGUGCAGAGGAACUUGAGGUCCAAAAGAGCAAUCUGAAUAACAUUAAAGAGAGCGAUGAUGAAUCAUAAGGAGAUAAACCACCCACCCCAACCCACAGCCUACACUGAGCCGAUUACAGAAGCUUUGACUCUCUUUAAGUCAGCGCUAUACAUCAGAAGCCGGGAAAAACCUUCUUUUGGCCUCAUGUUUUUUCUACAAUGGAUUCAAUCAAAAAUGAUGAACAUAAAGAGCCUAUUUUUACUUUCUAGAAACAAUAUUUUGAUAAGUAUUAUUACUGUAAAUAAUUGGAGACUGGGUACUUGGUCUUAUUUCACAGGAUGUUAUUUUGAACUGGUUGCCUUAUACCUUGUAUAUGAUUAGGUUGUUUUUUUUCUUUUCAUAUUUCAUAUUUUCGCACUUUUGUUUUGUUACUGUAACUCAUGCACUGAUUAAAGGUACAGCUUACACAUUUCACAGGUUUGGAAGCAUGGGAAAGAUUAUUGACAAAUUUGUUAUAGUCAGUAAAAAUUUCCAGCUUCAGCUGAAUCAUUGAAAUGUUACUAUUAAAUUACUUAAAAAAAUAAUUUAGAGCUAAAAUACACAAUGUUCAGCUGAUUAGCCAGGACGUGCUUGGAGAUUUGGUUUGGACUGGAUCUAGAAAGCCCUAAAAAAUUCGAAGCCUGUCUCACCACAUUUUUUUUUUCCACUCUAAACAUUUACCAAUCUUCUCUGUAACAUGAUGGAGACCGUCAUCUAGGACAAUCCAAUUUAUCAUUGUGUAUUUGGUCAAAGUUUUCAUUACUCAUGUAUACAUCAUGUCUCAACCACUGCAAAAUUUAAGAUGUAGAGAAAUAUGCACAAUAAUACUAAAUCAGUUACUUAUUAAAAAAAUCACAUAGCAGAUGAAUGUUUUUGUAGCAAGUGUUGGAGGAUUUUACGGAAAAGACUUUGGGUGAGAGAGACUUCGUUUACUGAGUAAGCUAUAUUAAAGAUUGUAGCUCCUGUGCAACAUGUGCAGUUACAUCCAUUUGUAGUACAGUAAGUGUAGAAAUUAUUAACUGACCAAUUUCUUUCUAAGGUGUGUGCACAGGAUUAAAAAAGAGUGGAUCUCUUCCACUUCAUUUCUGCAGGCUAAUUAUAAUAAGCAUGGCUUGAAUUCACUGUGAAUAUUCUUUGUGAAGUUUUCAUUUAAAUCGGUUUAAGCUUUUGCGAUGAACAGAAAAUGUCACACAUGGCUUAAGAUGUGAUUCAAGGUUAAGUAACUUAAGAUGCUUCUUAAUUUAGUCAGUAAUGAACAAAGUAAUUUAUUUUCAGCUGUAUGUAUGCAAAUGCACAUUGCUAAUGUUUUUUUUUUCCCUCCCUCGUGAGGAUCAUGUAUGAACACUGAAGAAGGACAGGUCGCUUGAGACAACUUCAGAUUCAGUAUUUUUAUUACACAAAUUAAAAAAACUCUCCCUGUGACUAUA